CGUCACCCGCAGGUUCAUCUUGGAUAUUUUGGAAGGCUUCCGUCACAAAUGAGAUUUGUCAAUCGUUUACCACCCGCUUUCCGUCCUGUGAAGUGUAUCUCUCAAUGUCGAAGGUUGACGACGGACUACCGCCGUCUCCCGCUCGUCGCCCUCCAAGAGCAUCUCAUGCGUGGGGCACAAUCUUGCUUUACUUUCCAAACAGCCACACCACUUGCGAGCCUGCUCGAUCGAAUAGAGGACAAGCAUGGAGUGGUUAUGGAUAGAAUCCUUCCAUAUCAACCAACGCCGGAUCAACAAUCUACAGAUGGCGUAGUGCUCAUUGCCCAUGUCGUCCCAGAUUGGAAGGGGCGGGGUCCCAGGAUUGGAAUAAGCACAGGUUUCGUGAUCCUGGAAGGCGGAGUGGUGGUUACCUGCUGCCACACAUUUGAUGAGAUAGGGCCUGUUGUCCCGCCCAACUCCAAAGCGCAAAGCACUAGCGUUGCUAUGACAAGUGAUGGGACAAUAUACCCUGUACAAGACAUCAAAGCGUCGCUUCCUGAGCAUGAUCUGGUUGUUCUUCAACUCGGCCCACCAUGCCCCGACAGUUCCGUUAUACUCCGACCUCUUGCUGUGUCUCCGUACCCACCACCAGUCGGUACAGACCUCAAAGUGCAUAUACACCCGGAUCACGAGUGGGAAGCCUGUAAAGUGUUGAUGUACAAAAAUGCGAUUGGCUCGAAAGCCGAGACUGGCACAUAUGACGACUUGAGUGUCAUGGAACUGAACACGCUGAUCAAACCCGGAUCUAGCGGAGGUCCGGUAAUUGACGAGUACGGAGCCGUAUGCGGGGUUUUGAGAGGGACAGUGCGAGUUCCUAGUCCAAUGUUUCCAAAAGGAUACAGUUUUGCUACGCCAGCCGAGAAGUUGUUUGAGAUGUUCAAAUUUCCAGUUGAAUUUUGAGAACUGCGGUUUGAACAAAGGAGGGUUGUAUAUAGCUAAUAACAUAACAUUAGCAGGCUUAUCUAUACGUAGGGGAGAGUUGUUUACUAGCAAGUAGAAAACGUUGCUUCAAGUAGAGUGAAUGAACCACAGUCGACAUACACAUAAUUUUUCCCUUGAUCGAUAACUGUACAAAGCAAUAAAAAAAGCUACACAUAGCGGCAUGUAUGUUCUAUA